UAAAGGGUAUACUCACCUAAGCUUUUCUGGGGAAAGGCAAUCAAGAAUACAUUUUUGGGUUUUUAUUGCUUUAGUUUUCUUAAAAUCUAGUCUUCUUAUGAAGAAGGUUAGUUGUAGAGAAUUCUUAAUCAAAAAGCUUCCUUUUCUUACAUAGAGAAAGGCCAGGCCAGUGGUACAGAACUCUGCACCAAUCUUGGUUUUUUCUUUUCUUUUGUUGAGGCUUUGGGUAGAUUUCUCUCUCAUAGGUUUCUGUGAAUCUGUUAUUCUCUUAAGGGGGCUCCUCUUUUCUUCUUCUCUCAACUUGAUUGAGUGUUUUAUUCUUAGUAAAAUGCUCGCUACACUGUUCAAUCAAAUAAGUUAGGGAUGCAAUAAUUGGGUCUUUUUUAAUUUGUUGUGUAAACACUGGUUACACACUGUUCUAUAUCUGGUUACACACUGUUCUAUAUCAUGAGUUAGGAAAUGAAGAGGAAAAUAAGCUCCAAGAACAGUUAAGAGCAUCAGAAGUUGAAGUCUUGGAAAUAUUUGAAGUAUGUCUUCUCUGUUGUCAAGUGUUGUAACAACAGAGGGAAGCUGGUUUCAUGUUUCAAGGUCCAUAACCAGAGCUGAGUGUUCAAGAGUUAAUAGGAGACUAAAAGUCAAGAAAUCAAAGUUGAAUUCUUGUUUGGGUGGGUUAAAGAAUACAGGGAACUACCCUGUUUUCUCAAGCUUGGUUGCAAACUCUGCUGAAGAAGUUGCAAUCUCAUCAGAGCAGAAGGUUUAUGGUAUGGUUCUAAAGCAGAUAGCUUUGGUUAACAAACAGUUGCAGUCUAAACAAGUCCUUGAUGUGAAACCAGACAUAGUUGUUCCUGGAACUCUCAGUUUGUUGGAUGAAGCAUAUGAACGAUGUCGACAAGUCUGUGCUGUGCAUUCCAAGACAUAUUACUUGGGGACUUUGCUCAUGACCCCGGAAAGGCAAAAAGCUCUCUGGGCAAUCUCUAUGUGGUGCAGGAGAACAGAUGAACUUGUUGAUGGGCCCAAUGCUUCACAUAUCCCACUGACUGCUUUAGACAGUUGGGAAUCAAGAUUGGAGGAUAUUUUUGCUGGUCAUCCAUUUGAUAUACUGGAUGCAGCUUUGUUUGAUACAGUUUCAAAGUUUCCUCUUGACAUUCAGCCAUUCAAAGACAUGAUUGAAGGUAUGAGGAUGGACCUUUGGAAGUCUAGAUACAAGAACUUUGAUGAACUCUAUCUUUACUGUUACUAUGUAGCUGGGACUGUUGGAUUAGUGAGUGUUCCAGUUGUGGGCAUUGAUCCUAAAUCACAAGCAACAACAGAAACUGUGUAUAAUGCUGCCUUGGCAUUAGGAUUUGCAAAUCAGCUAACCAACAUUCUCAGGGAUGUUGGAGAAGAUGCAAGAAGAGGGAGAGUCUAUCUACCACAAGAUGAACUAUCACAGGCAGGGCUUUCAGAUGAGGACAUAUUUGCAGGGAAGGUAACAGGCAAAUGGAGGAAUUUCAUGAAAAUUCAGAUCAAGAGGGCAAGAAUGUACUUUGAAGAAGCAGAGAAGGGAGUAAACGAGCUCAGCUCUGCAAGCAGAUGGCCGGUGUGGGCUUCUUUACUGUUAUACCGUAAAAUACUGGAUGAAAUUGAAGCUAAUGACUAUGACAACUUCACCAAGAAGGCAUAUGUUAGCAAAGCAAAGAAGAUAUUGGCAUUGCCUGUUGCAUUUGCCAGAUCGAUUUCUGGCCCAUCAGAAGCUGCAUCCAUUCCAGCAAAAGGAUGAUUAUGAUUGAGAGCACAAAGAAAUCAGAUUAAUCUAAUCUUGUAUAGUUUUAGUACGGGAGAAGGAAGAAAGGCUUCUGGAAAACUUGCAUUGUUUUCUGAAUGUAACAGGACUCGACAACAACAACAAAAACCAUAACCUCAUCCCAUCUAAAUGGGGUUCACUAUCUGGAUCCAAUAUAGAUAUAAAAAUAUAAAGAGGUUACAUAAGGGAAAUAAGAUGUGAAAGCAGUAGUCGUAGAAGCAUCAUAAGAAUAUCCCUUACAAGGGGUUGGCUACAUGGGUACUUGUCUUCCACAAAACUCUAUCAGUGGUCAUAUUAGAAUUGAAUCUUACCAAUUGCAUAUCUUUUCUUAUUA